AUGGAUUCGGCCCUCCACUACCUCUCUUCCGGCUGGGAGAAACGCGCCGAAGCCUCAAUGGACGUUCCAUUGAUAUCCGAGAGGGGUCAAUCAAUAGUGAUGUGGAUCGGCGUGGCACUUUCGUUUGUUUUUAUUGUGAUUCGAACUUACGUUCAAUACCAAAAAAGCAAGAAGCUAUUCCUUAAUGAUCACUUCAUAUUCCUCGCCAUGUUCUGCCACCUAGCAACCGCUAUAGUCUACCAAAUUGCCAUACCCCCGAUGUACGAGGUCGCAUAUAUCGGGGCCAGGUUGAAGGCUCCGACGGAGGGAUUUAUGGACCGAGCAUCGGUUUUCCUCAAAUUACAAUAUGCUGCCGAUAUUCUCCUAUGGACCGCACUCUGGGCGGUCAAGUUUUCGCUUCUGUUCUUCUUCUGGAGAUUGUUUGACUCGGUGAAUUCUUCUAUGAGGAUAUUCUGGUGGAUCAUGUGUGGGAUCACUGCGUCGACAUGGAUUAUAAGUGUGGUGAUGCAGGAAUUUGCUUGUGAUCCAAUCAGCAAUUAUUUCAUACUAGGAGCAUGUACAUCCAAGAGAGAUCUAUACAUCUCAAAUCUCAUUUUCCGCUUUUCUAUCGGGGCCGACAUUGCAGGUGAUCUUUGUGUAAUGGUGAUCCCAUUUCCGCUCCUCUAUAAGUUGAACGUCGACCCUCGAAAACGCUGGAUCUUGGUUGGUUUAUUCUCACUGCCAAUUAUUCCAAUUAUAUUCGCCAUCUUACGUCUGGUUAUGACCAACCCAAAAUCACACAACGUCGAUCCGAUAAAGUUCCAACUAUUUUCUUUGCUGGAAAAUACUGCUGCCAUCGUGACUUCCUGUCUACCCGCCUUCCGUCUCUUCAUUGCCAACGCGCACAAUUCCACGGUCCACAGCGAUUCGCGACCCUCUCGAUAUUCGCGAGGCCUUCGUGGCGCAUACAAAAACUUCGGAGCCUCAUCUUCAAACAAGCAGGAGACAGGGAUCCCAUUCGAAUCCUUAAACUAUGCGUCUCAUGAUACACAUAUAAUUCACGAUGGCAGUUUAGUUGGGAAGGCACUCUCAAAGGACAGUGAUGAGGAGUCUCUCAAUCCUUACCAUCCCACACCUCCUCACGGUGUGCUUGUCACACAGGAAUAUCGUGUCACUUAA